ACCAAACCUUCAAUGGAGUUUACAGCGCAGCAACUGAACCAAUACAACGGCUCCGACGCAUCCAAUCCAAUAUACGUAGCAAUCAAGGGCCGAGUCUUCGAUGUCACCGCCGGAAAAUCCUUCUAUGGUCCCGGUGGUCCUUACGCCAUGUUCGCAGGCAAAGACGCGACCAGAGCUCUUGCGAAGAUGAGCAAGAACGAAGAAGAUGUCUGCGCAUCUCUCGAUGGCCUCUCCGAGAAGGAGAUCGGCGUUCUCAACGACUGGGAGAAGAAGUUCGAAGCUAAGUACCCCGUCGUUGGCCGCGUCGCCUCUUGAAUUGCACUGCUUCUCUGAAAUUUUAGGUUAUAUGCGUGUGUUUAAUCCUCUCUGUUUUAGUGUUUGUGUAAUACUGUUAUUCUAAGGCUUCAAUCGCUUGUUUGUGUAAGGGUAUCUGUUAAUCUGUGUGCCUAGUUUGGAACGUGAAUGAAUAAAUAUUGGCUUUAUGCCAUGUGGGGUUGUGGAUGUUUAAAUUUACAAGAAAUGAAUUUGGAUUCU